GCAUCCAGGGCAGGCUCCAGAGAGACACUGAAGAUGCUGCUGCUGCUGCUCCUCGGGGUUGCCACACGCAGAUGUCUACAUGAGGAGACUCAGAAGUCUGUGAGCCUUCUCAGGCCCCCUUUCUCCCAACUGCCCCCAAACUUCCGCUCUUCCUCCCACGCCCUCCCUAGCUCCGGAGAGCCUCAACCCCUGCGCAUCCAAACCUGCUAUAUAGGAAACCCUACAUCAGAUGGAGCUUGGGAUCUUGAGGGAGAUGGGAUGACAAGGAGGUCCCGUGCCCUGGCCGCAGUGAGAGAGGCCACUCAGCGAAUCCAGGGUGUCCUAGCAGUCUCUCCAGUGCAAGGACCCCUGCUUCUGAGUCGAGACCCUGCACAAUACUGCCACGCUGUCUGGGGAGACCCAGAUACCCCAAACUACCACAGGUGCAGCCUCUUGAACCCAGGGUACAAUGGAGAGAGUUGCCUGGGGGCAAAGAUUCCUGACGCCCAUCUCCGUGGUUAUGCCUUGUGGCCGGAGCAGGGUCCCCCACAAGUGGUCCAGCCAGAUGGGCCUGGGGUCCAAAACACGGACUUUCUCCUGUAUAUGCAGGUUGCCCACACUUCCAAGUGCCACCAAGAGGCCACACUGCAUGAAUUGCUCCAUGUCCUGGGUUUUUCUGGACAGCUCUUCAAGAACUGGCGGGACUGCCCCUCAGGACUCAGUGUUAGAGAGAACUGCUCCACAAGGCAACAAGUGACAAGGCGAGAUAAGUGGGGACAGCUGCUUCUCACCACCCCAGCUGUUAGCCACAGCCUGGCCAAACACUUGGGGGUACUAGGGGUUUCACUGGGCGUUCCUUUGGAAGAAGAGUAGGGCCCUUUGUCCUCACACUGGGAGGCCAGACUACUCCAGGGCUCUCUAAUGAUUGCUACCUUUGAUGGUGCCCAGCGCACUCGACUUGACUCAAUCACUCUUGCUGCCUUCAAAGACUCAGGAUGGUACCAGGUCAACCACAGUGCUGCAGAGGAGCUGCUGUGGGGCCAGGGAUCUGGCCUGGAAUUUGGCCUGGUGACCACAUGUGGGACUGGCUCCUUAGACUUCUUCUGCACUGGCAGUGGGCUGGGCUGUCACUACCUGCACCUGGACAAGGGAAGCUGCUCCUCAGACCCCAUGCUGGAAGGCUGCCGCAUGUACAAGCCCUUAGCCAACGGAGUGAGUAGACUAGAAAGCAUAGAAUGAAACUGAGUGGGCCUGGAAGGGAGUCAACUUCUAAGGCAUCUGGACAAACACUAUUCUACCUCCUGCUCUGCCCUUCAGAGUGAAUGCUGGAAGAAGGAAAACGGAUUCCCAGCUGGUGUGGUGAAUCCCCAUGGGGAGAUCUACCAUUCCCAGAGUCGCUGCUUCCUUGCCAACCUCACUUCACAACUGCUCCCUGCAGAUGAGACCAGGUACCCUUCUCAGAUCCCACACCCCAAGGAGCUCACUGGCCGCUGCUACUUGCAUCAAUGCACGGAGAGGGGUGCAUACAAGGUGCAGGUGGAGGGAUCACCUUGGGUGCCAUGCCUUCCAGGAAAGGCUAUUCAGGUGAGUACCCUAAGAGGAAUAGUUGUGUCACAGUGGCAAAAAGAAAUUGGCCCGCUUGUACUUUCCAACCUGUUUUGAUGGUCAUUUUUAUGAAGUACCCACUGAGUCCCUAACUCUGAUCUAGAAUGUACAUUUUCCUUAAAAGGAAUGCUUGGGCAGAUAAUUGAGGCACAACUACAUCCUGCUACGUAUUUCCUUACAGAUACCUGGGUACUACGGUCUUCUCCUUUGUCCCUGGGGUCGCCUGUGUCGGACUAAUGAAGGUACCAAUGCUGUUACUUCCCCUCCUGUGAGUCUUUCAACCCAAGACCUGCUAUUCCAGCUGUCCUUAGGUUUAGCUGGACCUCCAGGCCACUCUUUGGGGAAGGAACAACAAGAAGAGCUGGCUGAAGUAGUACUGCAGGCUCUGGUGAGCAGAGGUGGCAGUGGCAGGUAAAGGGACAGUUCAAGCUAUUUAUACAAUGGGCCAGGGAAAAUGCUUAGGUCCUUUACUUCAUAACUUUCAUCUGAAGACUUUCUAUUUAUCUCUCUCCCAAACCUGCACCUGUUUCAUGAGAUAUACUCUUCCAGGGAUUAUACCUCCAUUAAGAGAUCCAAAUGUCCAUUCAGGUGCUAUUUCCACAGCCCAUCAAUUACUACUAGUUUGGUGUUCACCGUGCAUAUGUGGAAGUCCCCUGGCUGCCAAGGGCCUUCAGUUUCUAUGCUGCACAGGGCCCUGACCCUGACUCUCCAGGAGAAACCCCUAGAAGUAUAUCAUGGAGGAGCCAGCUUUACCACAAAAGAUAACCAGUAAGAUAAUAUUCCAAGUAGUUUUCUUUCAAACCCACAGAGUACAGAUGUUUGAAAUUGCAUUUAUUAAGCACUAACUCA